UCCGUUGACACUUGGCUGCCGCGGAGGGGGCGAUACUUAACUUGGGCUCCGGCGAGCGCGGCGCGGCAGACGCGCGCUGGCUGCAGAGCGGAGCGAGGCGCGGGGAGGAACCGCCGCCGUCGCCUGUCGCCGAGGCCGAGGGAGCGCGCCCGGGGAAAGCAGACGCCAGCCAGCCGGCCAGCCGCGAUCGCAGCCCAGCCAGCCAGCCAGCCUGCCUGCCUAUCGGCCGGGCGCCACAGCAGAGCCGCGGAGCGUCUGAGCCCUGCAGCCGCAACCGCCGCUUCCUCCGGCUCUUCUCCAGCCUGCGAAGCUCAGCCCCGGGACCCGGACGGCGCCCAUCGCGAUCCUGAGCACUGAGCCCUGCGCCCACCCGCCCGAGCCGCCGCCGGAUCCGGGCAGAGUUGGGGGGGGAUUUGGCUUUCAUCCACCCCCUUCCGAAGACGCGGAGCCCCCCCCCCACUCCCCAUUUCUCUCCAGGAAAGGCGCUUCUCUUCACACACACACACACACACACACACACACACACAAACACACACACACACACACACACACACGCACAGCCGCCUCCGCCGCCUCCGAAGCACCGGGAUCUUGUCGUCUCCGCCACCGGCUGGAUUUGCAACCGGGCGCCCGCGAUGCUGAACGGCAACCCGCCGGGAUCAGGGCGCUGAAAAGCCCGGAGGCAGUUCGCCGGCCUCGCUGCCGUCCCCCCCACCCCACCCCACCCCACCAAGCUCGGCGAUGAAGCCCCGCUUUGCACCGGGGACGCGGCUUUCCUGGGGAGUCCCCGGCCCUUCCGAUUUGAGGAGCUAAAAGAAGAGAAGGGAGGCACGGGGGAGAGAAGGGGGGGGACAAAAAACAGCCACCCCCAACUGAAAAGUUGGAAGAGACCCCCCCCUCCCCUUUCUUCCCAAAACUGGGAGCGUUUCUCGGGACCUGAGAGUCUCUGACUCCCAUCCUCCUGCUGCUCCUUCCCCCGCAACCCCCCCCCCGGCCCUUGCUGUCGCCAAGUCUUUCCCCUCUUUUUCACGGCUUCCCCAUCUAUAAAAGAAGGUUUUAUUCUGGGCCUCCCAUCUCACGCCAAACUCUGUCAUGCAGUCUAGACAUGUUGCCGUGGGUCUAAGUCCAGCUGUCACCAUGGGGAUGGACUCGGGACCGCUGUGAAUUUUGGGGGAGAGAGAGGGAGAGAGAGAGAAAGGAGGGGAGAGAAAGAAGAAGAGGAAGGAGGGUGCUUUUAAAAAAAGGAACCGUUGCCCUUUGGGGUCUGAAGAGGGGGACCACUGCUCCUUGACACCCCCUCCCACAAAGGCCAUUGGUUUGUCCCCACUCUCUCCAGCCCCACCCCACCCCGGCACCCCAUGUUUUUCUUGCUCUUCCCCCUGCAAGCUGCACAAGGAGCAGCAGCAGCAGCAGCAGCAGCGUAAAAAGCGAUCUGGCCUGCACAUCUGUCACCUAACCCCUGGGCGAGCUAUUUAAAGCCAGGGGCCUUGUUGGAUUUUGUCUCAACCUAUCUAUGCAGUGCUUGGACUUGGCAAGGGGGUCUGCGGAAGAAUAACUCCCCCCCCCUUGGGAACAAUCGGAAGAGACAGAGAGAGAAAGGCAGCAGCAGCAGCAGCAGCCGUUGGCCGCCCUCCUUCCUUGCUCGGGCUGGGCUGGGCAAACAAUCUCCAAGGGAUCCCUGGCUGGGGGACCGAGAGCAUGAAGGCCCCGCAAGCGCUCCUGGUCUGCUCUUCCUUGGCGCUGCUGCUUCAGCCGGGCUCCUUCCAGCCCUACCUUCGGCUCCGCCCUUCCCCGAGCGACAACCUGCCCAUCAAGGAUAUUAUCGAGCAUCCGGAUCCCGAAUAUGACCCCAAGGAGCAAGACUUGGACGACCGGACUUUACGCAAGAAGCUGGGCAGCCAUUUUGACCCCAACUUCAUGUCGGUGGCAGCGCCAGCUCAGGGAAACCUCUCCAGCUUGGAGCCUUUGCACAAGUUCAAAGGUCAGGGAGCUCUACCCGGCGAGCUGAAGAAGCUGGACCUAGCCGAGACGCCCUAUAGGACCAAGGUCAAGAUAGGGAAAAAAGCCAGGCGAAAAUUUCUCCAGUGGCUUUGGGCGUACACCUACUGUCCGGUGAUGUAUACCUGGAAGGACCUGGGCAGCCGGUUUUGGCCUCGGUACAUCAAGGAAGGGAACUGUAUGGCCGAGCGGUCCUGUUCCUUCCCCGAGGGGAUGGCCUGCAAGCCGGUCAAGUCGGUCACCAAGACCUUCUUGAGAUGGUACUGCCAAGGAUGGUCCAAGCAGAAAUACUGCACGUGGAUCCCCGUUCAGUAUCCGGUGAUUUCAGAGUGCAAAUGCUCCUGUUAAUUAUGGGAGGGGGGGAGACGGAGGACUUGGGGGGGGGACAUUUCCUCCUUCCUCCCCCCGGAUGGAUGCAGCCUGCGUGAUGCAGAUGGGGCUCUCGGUCCAGAGAGCCUGAGCUGGAAGCCCCCGCUAAUGCUUUGGGGUGUGGGGGAAGGAGGAGAGGACGUGAGGCUACACCAGAUCCUACACCGGGAUCCGCCCCGAAGGCUGAAGCAUCAUCGGGGAGAAGGUGGCUAGGAACUCAAGCCAUCUGGGUUGACGGACUUGACAGGUGCCAAUCAUCCUCCAACACCCCCCCCCCAGCGAAGCUUCGGAGGGUUGAAUUGAAAAAAUGUUUAGGGAGUCUCAUGUUGACAAAGAGACUACAGACACUUCGCUUUAUCGUUUCUCUGUCCUCUUUCCCCAAAACCCUUUGCACUGUUAUUUUUUUUUACCCUGCCUCUCUCCCUGCUUCCCUCCUUCCCUCCCUCCUUUCCCCUUCUCUCUUUUUUAAUUAUUUUAUUUUAUUUGAAAUGGGAAAAAAAAAAACCCCGGAGGAACUGCAGUGCAGGCCGUGAGGAAGGAAAAAAAAAAAAAAGCUAAGCACUACACUGAGAUGUCUAUUUUUAUACGUAUAUAGCGUUCUAACAAAAUUUAGAAUCGCCACCCGCUGUACAUAUAGAGAGUUUUAAAGAAGGAGGGAAUCCUGUUGUGGGGUUUUUUUUUGUGUUGUUGUUGUGUGCGUGUGUGUGUGUUUUUAAAUUCUUGUUAAUAAUAAUAAGAAAAAAAAAACAAUGCAGGACCACAUAUUGAAACUUCAACCAUUUUGAAAUUGUGCAGUUUCCUUUGUCAUAUAAGAAAGAGAAGAUAUUUUCCUACAAUGCUGGUUUAUAAUGCCCGAUCCUUAGAGCUCCUUUAAAAUGCCCUGAUUUCUGAUUCCUGUGCUCCUGGUUGUUUGUUUUGCCUUUUCCAAACUUGUUACUGAAUCUUCAGACAAAUUUUCAGAGUUGUCUAGGGUUGUGUUUUUUUUUUUUAAAAUGUAUAUUGAAUAAGGAUAUUUUGUUUUGUUUUUUAAGUAUAUGUUGUUAUGAAAGAGUGAUUUUUGGGGGGGAGGGGGAAAUACAUAUAGUAAUGUAGAGAUGUUAAAAGAACUUUCUCGUGUACAGUUUAUUUAUUUUUAACGUUUGUGUAUAGAAGGGCGGAGAGGGAAAGCUAGAGAUAUUGAAAAUGUUUACUUGAAUAUCCUUGGGACAACAUAUCAGUGUACAUAUCAGCCGUGACUGAGCAAAACAUUUUUAGCAAUAAACUCUAUCUUUGAAGAAGA